AGGGUAGUUACUUGGAGUAGUAUCGGGACUGUCCUUGAGGCUCCCAAAGAAAUGUCCAGCAUUUUUGCCAGCAAUCCAUCAGCCGGUUUUGUCAUGGACUUUGGCUGACCGCUAUUUUUGUGCUUCUUUAUUGUCUCCAAUCAUGCAAGGAGUCCAGUUUUCUGUGAGUCGUCGUGAAGAGAAGGAUUUUCCUUUAGGAUUCUGAAGUCUGGUUAUCAAAUUCACACUGAAUAUGGAGCAUAGGCAUCUGAAAGUACAUUCUGAGCGUCCCUUUGUCUUCCGGCUGGACCUGGACUGCGAGAAAGGGAACAAUACCAUGUCUGAAUGCCUCUUCAAUUCCAUCUACGAGUGCAUCACCAGUCUGUCCAGCAACAAUGAAUGCCGUUCAAUUGUAAUCUCCAGCCUGGGCAAGGAUUUCAGUUCUGGAGUAGAUCUGGAAAACCUUGGGCAGUUCACGACUGAUCUGGCCAGUAUUGAGGAUAUUUCACGCCGGGCCAGGGCUAUUGAUGGCCGUGUCUCGCUUAUCCAGAAGGCUUUUUCCGCCAUUGAGAGAUGCCCGAAACCCGUGAUUGCGGCUAUUCAUGGGGCUUGUGCUGGUCCUGGAAUGGGACUCAUCAGUGCCUGCGACAUUCGCUACUGCAGCACCGAUGCCUGGUUCCAGGUCAAAGACAUCGAACUGGGAAUGGCAGCAGACUCGGGAACACUUCAGCGUCUGCCAAAGAUUGUUGGGAAUCAGAGUUUCGCCAGAGAGAUCUGCUACACAGCAAGGCGCGUGGAUUCUGAGGAAGCACUGAGAUUUGGCCUGGUCAAUCGUGUCUUUGAAUCCCGUCUGGUGAUGCUGAAUUAUGCCAUCGAUAAGGCCGAGCUGAUGGCUCAUCUGAGCCCUGUGGCCCUCCAGAACACCAAGAAGAGCCUCAUCUAUUCCCAGAGUCGCCCUACACAGGAUGGUCUGGAUCAGAUUCGCGAUCUCAAUGUCUUGGCCCGUCAGAGUGAAGACUUCCACAUAUCCAUGGGCCCGGCAGUUACAGGAGCGGAGAGGACAACAUACGCCAGAUACUGAAGCCAGUUGCCAGAAUCCAAAUUAAAAGAAUGCAUAUCGGGAUGGGUAUAUUUUUUUUCGAAUAAAUUUUCUAUGAAAGCACAGCUAAAAA